GUAGACUUUGCUACAUGAAUUCGUAGGAACCCAGUCUUUUUCUUGAUCAAGCGCCCGUUGAAAUGAGCUUCGGCGGGGGCUUCAGUUUUGGGGCGGCUGCUGGUGGCUCUGCUCCUGCUUUUGGUGCACUAGCCAGCGCGCCGGCAUUCGGAGCUCCAGCUGCUUCAGCACCGGCUUUUGGUUUCGGAGGGGCAGCACCCGCGUUUGGGGCGCCUGCAGCGGCAUCCACAGCAGCAUUCGGUGCCCCAGCCGCAGCAGCACCAGCGCCAGCGUUCGGUGCAGCAGCGGCAUCCGCCCCGGCAUUUGGCGCACCGGCGGCAGCUCCCGCCUUUGGAGCUGCCGCUUCAGCGCCAGCAUUUGGAGCACCAGCAGCAGCUCCUGCAGCACCUGCGUUUGGCGCAGCUGCCUCGGCACCGGCUUUCGGUGCCGCGGCCUCCACACCAGCCUUUGGCGCUGGGCUGAGCUUUGGGCAAACAGCAGCAGCUGCACCCUCGGGCGGGUCCUUGUUCGGCUCCACGACUGCAGCCCCCGCGGCGGCGCCUGCUGCUCCCGCCGCUGGCGGCUUCUCCUUUGGCGGUGCGCCAGCUGCAGCUGCAUCGAGCGCUCCUGCCGCCGGGGGCCUCUUCGGCUCGACGGCGCCCGCCGCAGCCGCCAGCACCCCCGCCUUCUCCUUCGGAAGCGCACCCGCAGCAGCAGCCGCAUCCAGCGCCCCCGCCACCGGCGGUGGCCUGUUUGGCGCCAUGGCGACGCCCGCCGCCGCGGCUCCGGCAGCCGGCGGAGGACUCUUCGGCGCCCCAGCAGCAGCCCCAGCGGCGGCCGCACCCGCUGCUGGUGGCGGCCUGUUUGGCAACACGGCAGCCGCCGCCGCCACCACCGCCGCACCAGCUGCCGGAGGCUUCAACUUUGGAGGUGCUGCUGCAGCUAGCGCGCCUGCCGCUGCCCCAGCCGCCUCAGCUCCUGCAGCAGCGACGGGCUUCAGCUUUGGCGGCGCGGCGCCUGCUGCCCCUGCGGCAGCCAGCACCGGGGCGUCCUUGUUUGGCGGCGCGGCGGCUUCGGGGGCUGCCACGGGCGCGGCGCUGUCAUUUGGGGCGCUCGGAGGGGCUGCGGCAGCGGGGUCGGCACCGGCGCUGAGCUUUGGUGUGGCGGCACCUGCCAGCUCUGCGGCGGCUGCAGGCUCCACCUUGGCACCCGCAGCUGCUAGCACCGCGGCGCCCAGCCUCUUCGGUGCCGCCUCAGCAGCAGCACCCGCUGCGGCGUCCUCCGCGCCGGCGGCAGCGGCGAGCAGCGCGGCGGGCACAGCAGCAGGUACCGCGGGCGCGACCGGCGCGUCCGCCCCCGCCUUCUCAUUCGGGGCAGCGGGUGCGGCAGCGCCCGCGAGCGGAGCCGCGUUUGCCUUCCCGUCCACGGCAGGCGCCACGGGAACUGCUGCGGGGACGGCUGCCAGCACAGCGGCUGCCUCAUCAGGCGCCGCCGCCACCCCCGCCACCACUGCAGGUGCCAUUGUGCCGGCUGCCGCUCCCGCCGCCCCCGCGCAACCCCAGAUGCCGGUGCCUGUGAAGGGCAAGAACAUUGAGGAGAUCAUCAACGAGUGGAACUCGGAGAUGGAGGAGCACCUGGCCGCCUUCAACAAGCAUGCAGCUGCGUUGUCUGCAUGGGACCGCUCCAUCCUUCACAACCGCUCCUGUCUGCUCGGAGUGGAGGAGGAAAUGGGAGUGGUUGUCGCGGGUCAGGACGCGCUGGACCGCAAGCUCACCAUGCUGGAGACACACCACAAGGAGGUUCACGACGCGCUGAGCAGCAUCGAGGCGGAGGCGGAGCGCAUGUGCCUGGCUGAGCGGGGGCUACUGGACAGCGAUGCGGCGGAGCGGGACAGACUGUACGCGCGAGCGGAGUCCGUGUCCACCGCGCUGGUGCGGCUGGGCGAGGAGCUGGGAGCGGUGGUGGCGGACGUGAACGAGCUGAGCGGCGGGGCGGUGGGCGACCCGGGCACUCCGCUGGGGGCGGUGGUGCGCAUCCUGAACAACCAGCUGCUGGCUCUGGGUCAGGUGGAGGGGCGGGUGAGUGCGCUAGAGGCGGAGGCGGCGGCUCUCGGGUCGGUGGAGGCGGCCUCCAGCAGCAGCACCUCUGCCAGCGGAUUCAGGUUCUGAUUACGCCACCUCCUCUUUCUGGUUCUCCUGGCUCCUCCGGGCUCCUCCCGGCUCCUUGUUCCCGGUUUGGGAUUUCCUGGCGUGCUGUGGCGGGGUGUCCGGCCGCGAGGCCAGCCAGCGGGCUGGAGCGGGCUAGCGGGCCCUAGCGCAGGUUUUUGGGGGGACUUUGAUGACUGUACGGCUUGGGUUACGAUCUGGCCUGGCAGGCCUUGGACAGAGUGUUACCCGUAAACCCGUGGAGGACAGUGUUUGUUCUUCGGGCAGACCGGAUGGCUGGAUUCAUCGCGGUUGAUUCCCACAGCGGUGAGGGAGGCGCUGAGUUGCUACCACAGGCGAAGCUAGGAAGCUAUUAUAGGGGUUGAGCGGCACCGCCAGGCAGGCAGGCGGAGAAUGGCAUGUGGCUCUAACCGGGUUAAAGGCUAAAGGGUGUAGCAGGGUGUGUGUGUUUCCGAUGCGCGGUGUAUGAGUUCCCUGAAUGUUGCGGUAUUGUGCCAUUCUGAGCUAAUGUUUACUUACUAUGCAGCUGGGUUUUCUGGGUGGAUACAACGCAGGAAGCUCACGCAUCAUCUUUCGGGAGUGUAGACAUAUAAGUUUGAAGGCCCCAACGCUGCAAUUUCCGUAACAGGGGAGCGCCGCGUCUGUUCGGAUGAACAAAGCAGUGUUUAAAAUAACAUGGCAGUGUGUCUACGGUACUUGCUGCUCAACGCAGGCCAGGGCCUGCGGCCAUGAGAUACCGGUAUAGCGUGGUGCGGCUGGUAGGGUCAAGACACGAAUGCCUCUCGGACUUUCAUAACGCGUUACAUGUCGUACAGCGUUGUUGUUAUUGCUGUAGCUUGCAGAGCUACCCGUGUUUUCGCGUAACCCAGAUCACGGUAUCUUGUCCUUGCGGAACAGUACCACCAGAAGUCCGGCACCCUUAGCAACACCAACGCCGUUUCGCAUGCUCGACUUUCCGUGCGGAGUAACCCAGCACGGGUACGUUGCCAUUUGUGUCAAAGACACAUGGACAGAGCUGCAUAAUAAGGCCCCCUCCUUCAGACUAUUCGUCCUCAAACCGCCCGCGGCUGCAAAGACGGU